AUGUACCCACGCGGCAACCACUGGGCAGUAGGUCAUUUGAUGGGAAAGAAGAGCAUUGAGAGCCUGCCUGCACUGCAGGAGACAAACCCUGACAGUGACUACCUCACACCCCCAGAAACAGCUGGGGUCACAGGGCUGGACCGAUACGAGCGACUGAUGGAGGCUCUGGUGCAACAAAACAACCUAAAACAGAUGAAGGCACAAACUGUAGACAGGCUGCUUCGAGUGCGCAGCGGCUGGAGAGAAGAGGACAGAGACAAAUAUCUCAGGGAGAUGUCAGAGCUGCUUCUUCUGGCUUUGAAACUGCAAGGCAAUGACUCCACCUGA